UCGUCAUCAUCAGCCGUGUUUACAUUCUUGCGAGGUGUCAGUGCACCAAGGCAGACUGAGGCUGCCGUCAUCUGCCUCAGCCGCGCCUCCUCGAGAAGACAGCCUCGCGGGGCGCCGCCAGGCACACGGGACGCAGGGGUUGCCGCGGCCCUCACACCCAGUGUUGCAGGGGAGGACAGUAACAGCGGAGGGCUUCAACAGAGGACAUAGAUGAGGAAAGAAGACGAGCAGGGGCGUCGUGACAGUACAGGUGACACUCCAGGUGUGCUGCAUAAUUACUGACAGCCAUGACGCAGCGGCCGGCACCCCGCACCGCCUCGUCACUCAAGAAGUUCUCGGUGAGUGACCGGGACAUCCUGGACCGCCGCGUCAGGACCAACCCACGCUACGCCGCUGUGCAGGCGCGAACCAACACUGGCUUCAACACACACCGCCGCCGGGAGCUUGACAGAGAGAUACGCAAGUACUAUAAGGUCCGUUACGACGAGGACUUCCGCAGAAUAUCCCUGGGAGAUUUAAUACAGCUGAUGGUGACACACGCCAUCGACGCGGCAGCAGCGGAGGAGGAGGAAGAGGAGGAGGAAGAGGAGAGGAGGAGGAGGGCAGAGGAGGGGGAAGAAGAGGAGGAGGAGGAAGAGGAGGGGAAAAUUCACAAGUUUCCCUUAAAAUACCAAGAUGAAUUAAAGAAAGUGGUACAUGGCAUGGAGCACAUGAUGGCCCACACCACCAAAUCCUCACCACCACGCCCGUACCUGAUCGUCGACAUCCGCAGCUCACAAGAUUACCAGAGGGGCCACUUAGUCACAGCCAUCAGCCACCCGUCCGCCAGGCUGUCCCGUGCCGUGGGGUGGGAGUGCGACCCUCUGCUGGCCCACAAGAACCGGCCGGGGAGUGUGGUAGUGGUGUGUGACGAGGGUGAGGAGCUGGGGCCACCUGCUGUCUCUACGCUACAGCACAGAGGAUAUAAUAAUGUUCUGCUGUUGAGUGGAGGUUUGAAAUUAGCUAAAGACAAAAUAGGACCUCCGCUAGUUACUACUACUACUACUACUACUACUGGUCUGCCACUACAAACUGCCCUGGUACUACAAGAUCAACUGGUAAUUGACGAUCCUGCCGCCACUGUCUGUAUCGGAAGGUCAGCAGUGGUGGGCAGCUGCUGAGACUAAUGGUGUCACUGCAAGGACAAAACGCUCCCUUGACAAUGCUGUGGCGCCGCAACCCAGACCGUGGCGCUGAGAUGCUGUGGUUCCUUACCCAGAAUCCCACAGGACUUAAAUGGCUGCUCUUAAGGACCCCUCUGUCUGUCUGUCUGUCUGUCUGUCUGUCUGUCUGUCUGUCUGUCUGUCAUCACUUAAAUUAGUUUGAGAAAUAAUUUUACUGUACUGUUAAUCUCUCUCUCUCUCUCUCUCUCUCUCUCUCUCUCUCUCUCUCUCUCUCUCUCUCUCUCUCUCUCUCUCUCUCUCUCUCUCUCUCUCUCUCUCUCUCUCUCUCUCUCUCUCUCUCUCUCUCUCUCUCUCUCUCUCUCUCUCUCUCUCUCUCUCUCUCUCUCUACCAUAAGAAACACAAGUAGUGCUUUCAAGUGUGUGUCUGUGUGUCUGUGUGUGUGUGUGUGUGUGUACAUGUGAGUGUGUGUGUACGUGUGUGCGCGCUAACUCAGGUAAAAUACAAUUCAUGUGCGUAUUCUUCCAGACCAUGUACGCGCUUUCCCCCAACACACAUAUGCACGCGCGCACACACAUAUGUGCAUACACACACACACACACACACACACACACACACACACACACACACACACACACACACACACACACACACACACACACGUAGGUCUUUCCAUUGUAAUCUUAGCUGUGUGAGUGUGUGUGUGUGUGUGUGUGUGUGUGUGUGUGUGUGUGUGUGUGUGUGUGUGUGUGUGUGUGUGUGUGUGUGUGUAAAGAAGAGGAAGAAGAAGAAAGAGGAGAAGAAAAAGAACAAAAAAACAGGAAGUAGAAGAAAGAAGAAGAAAGAAUAAUAAUAAUAAUAAGAAGAAGAAGAAGCAGAAAAAAGAUGAAGAGGUAAAAGGAGAAGGAACAGAAAGAGGAGAUAUAAAAGAAGGAACAGAAGAAAUAGAAAAAAACAAAAGAGAAAGAUGAAGAACCUAACAAAAACAAGAACAAAACAAAGAAGAAGAAGAAGAAGAAGAAGAAAAAUAAUGCAUAGAUACAAAUUUGAGAAGAAAAGAAAAGAAUUGAAAGAAAGAUGAUGAUAAUAAUAAUAAUAAUAAUAAUAAUAAUAAUAAUAAUAAUAAUAAUAAUAAUAUCUCUCUCUCUCUCUCUCUCUCUCUCUCUCUCUCUCUCUCUCUCUCUCUCUCUCUCUCUCUCUCUCUCUCUCUCUCUCUCUCUCUCUCUCUCUCUUAACCUAACGAAAGAUAAUAUAUUUAUGUCAGAGAGAGAGAGAGAGAGAGAGAGAGAGUGGCAGUGUAUGUAUGUUUGUAUGUAUGUACGUAUGUUUCUUCCUGUAUAACUGAAUGAAAACGUAUGAGAAAAAAGAUAAAUAAAAAAAAACAAUAUAUUAGAUACACAAAUAUACAUAGAAAUAUUAUUAGAAUAUAUGUGUUGUUGUUGUUGUUGUUGUUGUUUUGUUGUGAUGGGUCUCUCUCUCUCUCUCUCUCUCUCUCUCUCUCUCUCUCUCUCUCUCUCUCUCUCUCUCUCUCUCUCUCUCUCUCUCUC